AGUGAUAAUGACAUUGGCAUUGCUAUUUGUCACGCGAUGUUCCUAUUGAAAUAUUUUUUAUCACAAAUUAUGGCAAUAAGUGUAUCUUCUCUAAUUUACGCAUGCAAUUGAUCAAUUUGUAGAUUUUCGUGGUAAACAGUGGAUUUGAACGUGACAUUUCAUUCAUCUUAACCAUCAUACACUGACGAGGAUUUUGUUAAUUUAUCGCGUUCGUGUUUCGUCGAUUAUUUUGUUGAGAUAACUGUUUGUUUCAGUUUGAUAUUGGUUACCAUGAUAAGAAUGGGUACUACCUGAAUACAAACAUCAUUGUGCAAUACAAAUUUAAUUAAUUUUAGUGUAAUUGUGAUGGAAAGGGUUGGUGGCAAUUUUUCCGAUAUGAGUCGUAGAGCCGGGGAGUUCUUGCGGCGACUGAACAGAAUAGCCGAUGGGCCGAUGACGAGAAAGAAAUUAGUUAUCAUAUGCCUUUUUGUCAUCUUCUUCGUAUUGUACAUGGGUCCUGGUUUAAUGAAUUGGUUACUAGGCUCCGAGAGAGCCUUUGGUAACCAGAACGAAUGUCAACAUAGUGCUUUGCUGCCCUUUGAGAGUGCUUUGAACGAAUACGAUGCUCAUUUAAGGCAGGAGACCUCUGCUACUAUGUCCUCACUUGGUCAUAACUUUGUACCAUACGUUGGCAAUGGAUACUUAGGAUUAGCACUGGAACAUGACUCGUAUUUAAAUAUUAAAUAUGGACGCACACUCUCAAUGCCAGUAUACUAUCAUCCACUAUACAUUAUAAAUGACUAUGAAAUGAAAGAAUUCACAGUGGCAGAGUAUAAAAAAGGUAUAGUUCACAGAUUCCAGUGCAGCAAUACUGGUUUACAAAUUUCUUACCAAUAUUAUGCUCACAGGACAAUACCUUCACUUUUCGUCCAAGAGAUAUUAAUAAGUAAUCCAACUAAUAAAGAAAAGGUAUUGAAAAUGUCUGUGCCUCGAGUAUCUGACUGGCCAACAUCAGUUAAACAAACAAUCAAGUUGCAUCAAGGUGUGGACUCUAAAGAUUAUGAAGUCAUAACUGGAAUGAUACCAGUACCUCAGAGUGAAAAAGUUGUUGCUGCAACUGUUGUAUCAAGAAAAAUGUCUGAUAGCAUUAGAGUUGAAGCUAAAGAUGCACUCGAACUUCUGAUUUUCACAACGAUUAAAUAUAGCAAAGCAACAUCAAAGUUAGAUUAUGCAAAGCAAAAGGACAUUGUAGAGAAAAAAGCCAUUGAUGAAAUGGAGAAAGUCAUUGCACAGACUGGUGACAUUACUGCAGUUAGAAAACUUAAAGAAAAUCAUGCAAGAGUAUGGCAGGGUCUAUGGGACACAGGUUUUUAUAUUUCAGAUUCAAAAGCUGAUGGUGUUAUCAAUGGAGACCAUAUUAAUGCUACAAUAUAUGCAAUUCUCUCGCAAGUGAGAAGCUUCGAACAUGAGGAACACAUAAAACCAAGUGUAAGAUCUGAAAUUCUUCGUAUUCUCACGUAUGCAGAAGGCUGUUAUGGAGGUCAUUCUACUUUAGAUGCGUUAAAUUUGUGGAAACCACUUAAUUCACUAGCAAAUUUAAAUACUAUAGCUAGUAUUUGGCUGUUGACUUUAGAAAAACAAGGCUGCUACAAACUGAUGAACGCAGGAGCAAGUGGUGUGAAUCAAGCGAUGAUCCUAAGCUUUGGCAGUCUACGUUUCAGCAAUCAGCAUUUAGAAUACAAUAUACAUCCAUCUAAGCUGCAUAGAGACUUCCUAUUCCGUCGUUUGAAUUAUGGAAAUAUGACACAUGUGAAUAUAAGUGUUAUACUGCAAGAGGAUAACAAAGCAGCUAUAUUUGUGGCUUUAGACCGUUCAGACAGAACAUACUAUGCUUGCGAUGCGGGUUGUUUAGAUUCUCCUGUUCAGUUGGGCCCAUACAGAAAAUAUUUCCCAGUGAAAUUGACAGAACCAUUGACUGCAAUAUUGUAUGUAACUGCUGAUAAACAGCACAUGGAAGAGUUGAGGCAUACAAUCCAUGUAAAAGAGGUUGUGGAAGCACCAGCCCACGAACACCAUGUCAUAGCUAUGCACAAACAUGGGCACAGUUUGGGUGGACUCAAUCCUUUAUUCUGGAUAUCUAUCAUAGCGUUAAUUGUUGUCUUCCACCUAUUCCUAUGCAGAAUCAUUAUGAAUGAAUUUUGUGACAGUGGUGUAAAUUAUAAGAGACUUUAUAACAAACCUUGAAGAGUUUUUAUCAAAUGCCUUAUUGAAGUGCUUAGAUGGUUGCACCAUCACUGUCCAUUGACGCUUGACUGAUUUUGUAGGCUUUUUUUUACAAACAUGCGUAAGGCCAACUGUUUUGUAGUUUUGCACUGGUUGCAAAUUUGUGGGUGUAAUUAUACAAGAUUUCUUUGAAGAUAAAUAAUUGACAAAAUAGUAACAUGUGAGAUGAACCAGGCUUAUGAUCGUAAAAGCAAACAAUGUCCAAGAACCAAGGUUCCAUAGUUAAAAUGUGUAAUUUGAACAGAUGUCUGCAUACAUUUUAAAUCUUCAUUUUGAUCUUAUGUUUAUGCUUGCUUCACAUUGUUAAUUUAUCUUUAUAUUAAGGGGAUGAUGUCAUAAAUGCUUAAAUAAUUUUAUUUAAAAUCAAAAUAUUAUUUUAUAAACAAGUUUGCUGCUAAAUUACCUAUGGUUAUUAGGUAAUGUAAAUAAGUAGUCAUUAAUACUAUUGGAAAUAAUAAAGAAGGUUGGCUUAUUGUCAAUGCUAUUUUAAUGUAUUCAAAUCUUAUCAUUUCAAGUUUUAUUCGAUUUUAGAAUGAUAACUUAGAUUUUAUUAUUAAUAAUAUUUCAACUCCAGCAAUAAUAUUUUCAGUUAUAUUUUCUAUUGUUUUAUGUAAAACACAUUUCCAUAAUACAAAAUUAAUAAUACCUUGUUUUAUCAGUAUUUUGGGUGUGUAUGAGUAUUUUCAACAAAUUUAUUAAUUAUUUAUUUUAGUCAAGGGACUUCCCCUAAAUGUUGGACUGUACAUAUUCGUAAAGUUACUAUUGUUAUAAUGUUUAAGAUGGUGGUAUAUAUUUUUGAAAAAAAAAUAAACUAUCAUUUGUAAUGUUCUCAUAUGUUUAUUUCUUUCAAUAAAAUUAUUCAUUGAUAACUUAGGUUUCCCACUAUAACAAUCCAACUUGAACAAUACUCCUAUGGCUUUGAUAUUCCUAUUUAAAAUGAUCAAUUCUCCAAUUUCUUUACUUCGCUGUCCCCAUUUUAUUUCGUAUGGAGCGCAAGCGGUUAUUUUGCGAUUUAUUUGGACGCGGCAAAAUAACAUAACAGGAGUGGGGGGAGGUAUCCUUGUACAGUUGUACCUUGUGAAGUAUUUCCAUCAUAGUUGAGCCAUUCAUAUGGUUCGACCAUAUGAAUGGCUGGAACAGCAAAAAGAAUCUGCAAUUGAUUAAAUUUUGCCCGCGUCCAAAUCGUCAGUCAGUCUUUUUAAUAAGGAAUACUCGCGUAACAUUUCUGAUGACGGGAAAAUAUAAUUUAGG